CCCAAGCGCUAUUGUAAAUAGGCUGCCAAUGCCUAACCCAUUCUCUAUGUUUAAGUGGAAGAGCAUUUGUUCAUUUGGAACCUGAACAGGAGGGGUAGGGAAUCAAAGGAACGCAGGUGCCUGAGUGCAGACACCAAGAAGCCAGGGGCCAUUUUUGUAUUGCUAUGGUGAUGGUGACAACUUCCCAGGGCAGGCACCAAAUCCUGGAGGAAACGUGGUCUCGGGGCAUGGAUUGCUGCAGGGUGCUGGUCCUCGGCCUAUGUUUUCUGACUUUUCAGGGCAGGACAGCAGGGACAUCACCAGAAGAAAUUCAGAACCAGAUGCUCAGGAUGGAGAAGAUGAAGCUGGCUAGGAGGCAGAACUUGGCUCGUGCUGUGCAGGUGCAAGAUCUGGAGCAGAUGCUGCUGAAUGCCAGCUUUCUGGGCCACAACCUGACCCUGCAGACCACCACCAUCCAGUCCCUGGUCUUCAAGCUCAACUGUGACUUUGCUGGCCUCUCAUUGAGCAGCGCCACUUCAGGGCAGGUCCACCAGGUCAGUCAGAGGGGGAUCAGAGGAGAGCACACCAUGCAGUUCCCUGCUGAGCUGACCACGGAGGCCUGCAAGAGACGCCCCACGGAGCUACGGCUCAUCUGUGUCUACUUCCUCACGCCCUACUUCUUCCAGGACAAUGCCAGCUCUGCCCUGCUCAACGGCUACGUCCUGGGGGCCCAGCUGGACAACACGUCUGUGAAAAACCUUCGGGAGCCUGUCAACAUCAGCUUCUGGCACAACAACAGUCUGGAAGGCCACACAGUGACCUGUGUCUUCUGGAAGGAGGGAGCCAGCCAGCAGCCCUGGGGGGCCUGGAGUGCAGACGGCUGCCGCACAGAGCAACCCUCUCCUUCUCGGGUGCUGUGCCGGUGCCACCACCUCACCUACUUCGCGGUCCUCAUGCAGCUCUCCCAAGCCCCAGUCCCCGUGGAGCUGCUGGCGCCUCUCACCUCCAUCUCUGUCGUGGGCUGCAGUGUCUCCAUGGUGGCGUCGCUGCUCACACUCCUGCUGCACCUGCACUCCAGGAAGCCAAGAGACUCCACGACACGCAUCCACAUGAACCUGCACACCGCCGUGCUGCUCCUCAACGUGGCCUUCCUGCUGAGCCCUGUGCUGGCUGCCGGGCCCAGAGCCGUGUGCACAGCGCUGGCUGCUGGCCUCCACUAUGCCCUGCUCAGCUGCCUCACCUGGGUGGCCAUCGAAGGCUUCAACCUCUGCCUGCUGCUCGGGCGUGUGUACAACGUCUACGUCCACAGAUACGUGCUCAAGCUGUGUGCACUGGGCUGGGGGGUCCCGGCCCUGCUGGUGCUGCUGCUCCUGGCUGUGGAUAGCUCUGUGUACGGACCCCGGAGGAUCCCUGUCUCUGACAGCCGCCUGAAUGACACAGACUCCCAGAACACGACCCUGUGCUGGGUGCGGAACCCGACGGUCCACAGUGUCCUGGUCAUGGGCUAUGGUGGCCUCACGUCCUUGUUUAAUCUGGGGGUGCUGGCCUGGGCCCUGUGGACUGUGCGCAGGCUGCGGGCACGGGAGAAGGCACCAGGCUCCCAGGCCUGCCGCAACACUACCCUGGUGCUGGGCCUCACGGCGCUGCUGGGUACCACCUGGGCCCUGGCCUUCUUUUCCUUCGGUGUUUUCCUUGUGCCACAGCUCUUCCUCUUCACCAUCUUCAACUCGCUCUAUGGUUUUUUUCUUUUCGUCUGGUUCUGCUCUCAGAGAUGUCGUUCCGAGGCAGCAGCCAAGGCGGACAUGGAGGCCCCCAGCUCCUCCCAUAUGGUGCAGUAACCUGGCCUCCCUGGCUCCCAGCAGAAGGAGGCAAGGGCUGCCACUGGACACCAAAGUCACUGUGCCUCCAGGGCC